AUGGCCACCCAAUCAGACUACGUCCUUGCUACGGCGGCUGGCUUGCAAGGUACCAAGGCCCAGAUGCGCAAGCAGAACAAACAGCAGCUCCGGUCAACUCUGGAGAUGUAUUCCCCUUGUCCACCACGGAGCCGUUGGUACCAACCUCACCAUCGUGGACACGCGGUCACAGCACCAAUCCUGUGUACAAAAAGGCCAUUGGCUGGUGCUUGGAUACAAGUAUGCAAGUUCAAAGAGGGUAGUGAAUGUGAAAAACCUCACUACUUGACUCAACCCUUGCAUCCUUUACACACAACGCUUGGUCCGUUUCCGGAGCUUUACGCCGUUGAGGAUGAGUUGAAGCCCAUCUCUCGCAACUCCACCACUCAACAAGUCGUCGAACUCAACCCGAGGGACUAUAGGGCCAUGAGGACUGUUGCUCCUGUCAUGAUCGACCUAACGCUGGACGACGACGACGAUUACAUGAAGAAAAUUAGUUUAGUGAUUUGGCUCAAGCAUCGAAAAGAGCCGGUCGAAGUCGUCGUUAAUUGCAAGUCGGAGGGACUUCGAAUGGAUGACCAUAGAAUCCUCUUGGGUGAAAAGGGUGUGGAUAAAAUACCCCUGGAGUACUAUUCCACAGUUGAGCAUCGAUGGACAGCAUUGAUUUGGUCCGACGUAGCUCCUGUGUUUGAUCAAGGGCUGGUGCUGAUCCGGCAACUAGGCCUGAAAUUGACACGUUUGGAAAUUCGGUGA